GUAGCGUAGCACAAGUGAGGAAGUUUUUCACAAUAUGAAGGAGGAAACUAUUGGCCAUAACAUUUAAGUCUGGAAAAAAUUAACACAUGAUAUUUCUGGAAUAGAAAAUGACAUUCUCUUAAUGCCACUUGAAUAACCUAUGCGUCAAAUGCCUGUCAUACACCAGCAUAUUUAUCAUACUCCUGAAUUCACAUUCGCCUACACUGCCUACGCCUCUGCUAUACUUCUUGACCAAUUGUCAUUAUUUUCAAUAUGGCGAAGUUUUUUUUGUUGAACGCACGCAUUCUUUAUUCAUAGUCUGUUUUUUUCUAAACAUUAAUUAAUAAAUAUUACAAAUAGAAUUAAACGAAUUGAAAACGUCUCUUUUACGGUGAAGAUAUAUGAAUUUCUAGCGCGGCACGAGUACGAGGAAUUACAAGGAAAUGUGUCAUCAGCAUUAGCAACUAGUAAUGAAUCCAUUUAAUGAACGAUCCAAGUUCUUUUCAGAUAAUCAACAUCGCGAAGCAAUGGAUAUUUCUUCCAACAAAGCCAAUCCAAUCAAGAGCAUUCUCUAUUGUUUGGAGAAAUUCCAAGUUACUAUUUUAGCAACAGAUAGUGGUGGUCUGGGAAAUAUAGAAUUGACACAGCACAUGUCGGAAGUGGGUUGGAACUCAAAAGGUGGCAUUGCUUUUGUGGAGUCUGGCAGUAACUAUGCCUUCUCUUCAACGGCGGAGAAGUAUUAUUUUGGAAAAAGAUCAAUUAGUAGCCAUUCCAAUUUCAUAAAUAUAACCGAGGAAUGUUUGCUCAAGGAACUUCUAAACGAUCCAUUGCUAACGAAUUAUGGUGUUCUCAUAAUGACAGACGCCCUUAAGCGUACCGUCAUGACCGAUGCCAUUUUGGCAAUUUUGAAGAAAGUCAUAAGAAAACGUCCCACCCUAAAGUUGAUUCUGGUGGCCGUCUCCAAAGAGGCUAAUUUUCUACAGGAAUACUUUACGGCUGCUGCCAAAGAUCGCAAAGACCGCAAGGCCGAAAUAAGGAGUGUCAUUCUAUCCAUUGACGACCACAACAAAGGUGUGGUCCAAGAUAUUCUCUACUUGAAAGAACCUUGUGCCGACUAUGUACAGAAAACCAUACGCACCAUUCUCAGUAUACACACACAACGGCCAUUGGACGGUGAUGUAAUUGCCUACAUGGCCUGCGAAGAGGAUAUCAGCAGUGCUAUGGCUCUGCUGCGUGAAACCGAAGGUACCAGCAAUCUGAAUUACUUCAGAUUAUCACAAAUGAAAAAUGAAAGGGAAACGGUUUUCUUUCCCACCACCAAGGGAAAGCGAAAUGUGGUUUUCACCAUAGAACUGUAUCAAAGUUCCGUAACACAAGAUCGUGUCUACUAUGUCAUCGACUGUGGCUUUAUGCAAUUGAAUUGGUACGAGUCGUCACAGAACCGAAAUCACUACUUGACCGUGCCCAUUUGUAAACAUAUAGCCGGCUUGCGUAGCAAUUGGAAGAGCAAACACCGAAAGGCCAAGGUAUUUCGGUUGUAUACGAAGGAAGAUUUUCAGGCAUUGGCCGACAGGACUGUGGUGGAAAUGCGUCGAACUGAAUUGAGCUCCAUUAUUUUGUACCUAAAAGCUUUGGCGGUCAAUAAUAUACUUCGAUUUGAUUUCCCCUCAGCACCGCCCGCAAGAAAUGUACUUACCACCUUGGAGAGUUUGUUUGCCUUGGGUGGACUCGACGAUCAAGGCCACUUGACUGAUCCACUGGGUUAUUUUAUGUCUGAAUCACCACUGCCACCAGAACUGAGCCGUUGCCUCUUCACUUCUGCCGAAAUGUUGUGCUCCGAGGAAAUCCUAAACAUUGUUUGUAUGUUGCAGAUUGAACCCAUAUUUAUUGUGACCACCAACAACAUUGCCGAUCGUCACAAACAGAUCGCCAAACGGAAAUUUGAGGCUGCCGAGGGUGAUUUAAUAACGCUGCUCAAUAUUUACCAGGCAUUUGUGGAGAAUGCAUUGAGUAAAGAUUUCUGUCGCAAAUACUAUCUGAACUAUUACAGUUUGAUGCGGGCCCACAGACUACGCGAACAGUUGCAAGCAUCGUUGUUCAAUAAAUACAAGUUAGGUUUGAAGUCCUGCAAGUCGGUGGAACAAAUCUUAAAAUGUCUCACUUCGGGUCUCUUCAUGAAGGUGGCCUAUUUACAUCCUUCGGGUGCUUAUCGUACCUUACGUUGUGGUUCGGAGGUUUAUGUCGAUCGAGAUUCGGCCAUUUUUUCAAUAGCCCAACCCAAGUACGUCGUAUAUGUGGACCUGUACGAUAAAACGAAGAUAUUUAUGCGCAACAUAAGCGUCAUCAAAGAGGAAUGGUUGGACGAACUGGCCCCUCACUAUUAUAAGAGAUUUAAUAAAAAAUGACUUCCCAUUUGAAAUUCAAAAUAAACUCCAA